AAUUCAAAUUGUCCAGCUGGGUCUUACCCAUCUGUCUGAAAGGGGUUCAUUGACCCAGUCUACAACGCAAGUCUUGUUGUUAACAUCUACGAGAUAUGUAAGGUUGGAACGAUGCUAAUAACGGCAUUUGGGGAUAAGAACCAACUGAAAGCAACGUUUGUGGAGAAGUAACCACACCGUCUUCAAAGACGGCCGCUGAGUACGAGUCUCCCGACGUCAGCGCGUCACGCCAUGAGCAGAGUGACGGCAGCGCCACCAUGCGGUGCAGCGUGCGACGUCUGCUGCUGUCCCUCAGCUGUUUCGUGCCCGUCGUACUCAUCUCUCUUCUCGUUCCCGGAGCAGUCUAUCUCAGACACUUUGGUCUCGACCAACCAAGAAAGCUGACAUUCAAACCAGGACACCCAUCUCUGAAGAGACACUUGAGCUCAAAUGAUGUCAACAGAAUCAGCAACACCGAUGGAACGGAUGGGAAAGUGCAGGCACUGUUGUACAGGGGACAGUACGAGGUUUUACCUGCUCCUGUAUUGUAUCCGAAUGGCUCCGAAAGAGCAAUGGACAUCGCGGAAAAACAGAGGAAAAAGUGGAAGAAAAAAGAAAAAGAGGAAUAUUACCAACAGAGGCGCGAGAGAGUGCAGAAGAUAAUGGCAACAACUGUCGAGGCAAUACCAGGGGAAGAUGUGUACGGAAAGGACACGUCCAAUUUGCCUUUGAAGUGCAUGUCGUCCCACCGUUUCCAUGACGACCCGAACAUGGAGUGGUUCUCGAGCAAGUUCGUGGACGAUGUUCCAGUCCUGAUGACGUCACAUGACCUGACAGAGCCAGAAUAUAACAGACUGAAACGUUUCCCACUACCGUAUGGAUUUGACGACAUCCCCCUAGAUGAAUUAGAGAAAGGGUUGACUUCUCUGCCGUUAUCGGAAGGCGGCACUCUUUUCGGUGCUCGGUCUGGUUGCAGACGAUGUGCAGUCGUCGGAAAUGGCGGGAGUCUGAAGGGCUCCGGUGUAGGCAGUGAUAUAGACGGCCACGAUUUCGUCUUCAGAGUGAACCGAGCUGUUACGUCAGGGUACGAGUCAGAUGUCGGCACCAAGACAUCCUUUUAUUUCUUUACGGUCAACACGCUGUUAGGGACGCUACAGCCGAGUUUCAAGGAACCACAGUUCCAUGUGCCAAGGGACCAGGGCAUUAAGUAUAUGCUAACAAUGUGCAACAGGAGAGACUACAAGUUAGUGGAUACCUUAGCAUGGGGAGCUCCGGUGGACGCGCAAGGCAUAGACCGGUUAUCUGUAGAAAUGCUGUCCAAGCUGCACCUCGGCAGUGACAACAUCAGACUGUUACAUCCGGACCUUCUCAGAUACAUCAAUAACAGUUGGCUGAAGUCCAAGAAGAGAAGAUACUCCGUGUACCGCCCCAGUACCGGCGCCUUAGCUGUCUUCACAGCGCUGCAGACCUGUGACCAAGUCAGUCUGUACGGCUUCGGCACGGCAGACGGUCAGUCCGUCCACUACUACGACCACGCGUCGUACGACAUGACCACAGUGGUCAACCACGACUUCGACAUGGAGUGGAGGCUGUGGAGGAAGCUGGACCUACUGGGCGUGGUCAGACUGUUGCCAUAGGAACUAAAAUGACUGGUGAACCACGACUUCGACACGGAGUGGAGGCUGUGGAGGAAGCUGGAACUACUGGACGUGGCCAGGCGUACAAAGACUGCUUCCUGUUUCUCAGGGCUCCAAGAGAAAAUAUUUGGGCCACACAGGGAUCAAUGACUGUGUCAUGACUGUGCCUCGGCCUUUAUAUUAUGUAUAUUCCAACAACAGUCCAACUCAGUCUUAUGGGCAGGCUCUUUUGGGCUAAAGAUGCAUUUGUCUGACCAAAGUCAUUGGAUGCCCGGGUCCUAAUAGAUGGAUACUGGGACACGAAGAGAAGGCAGCUCUAUGUUAGAGACUUUUGUCUUCUGAGUUUCUAAUGUAUGUAAGCCAGUGUGUUGCACACAGUGCCGAUGGAUAUUA